AGAUAAUUUUUACUUAGUUUUUUUUCUCUUUUGCCCCAGGACUUGGAUGAAGUCAUUGAUCACUAAUGAACUACAGUGCUGGUGAGAUGUGUAAGAAAUUAUAAAGAGCUCUGAUGGGCUAUUUAGGUGCUACCCAGUGCAGUGAACUGCAGGAGUUUUGUUCCUGAGUCAUGGAAGACAGAAGAGCUGAGAAGGCAUGUGAACAAGCGUGUGAAUCCUUGAAGAGGCAGGACUAUGAGAUGGCCCUCAAGCACUGCACCGAGGCCCUCCUUUCACUGAGCCACUGCUCCAUGGCCGACUUCUCGGGGCCAUGUCCGCUGGAGCUAGAGCGCAUCAAAAUUGAGAGCCUCCUUUACAGAAUUGCCUCUUUUUUGCAACUGAAAAACUAUGGACAAGCAGAUGAAGAUUGUAGGCAUGUGUUGAGUGAAGGACUGGCCAAGGGAGACGGUGCCUUUCGUGCAGUGCUUUGCUGCAUGCAGCUGAAGGGGAAGCUCCAACUGGUAUCCAGCAUUCUUGCCAAGUCGCUGUCAGGAGAGUCCCUGAAUGGGAUGGUAACAAAAGAUUUGACAAGACUGAAAACACUUCUCACAGAAACGGAGUUCAGCAAAGAGCUGAGGACCGUGGAGGUGCAGCUUCCCAUACAGAGUGGGGGAACACAGCUCCUGCCAGCAAGCAAGCAGAGAAGACGGCCACUGUGGACGACUACACAAACUGCUGCUGUGGGGUUUUUGUUUGUUUUUUUAACGUGUCAUUUCCCUUUGAGUAGUCGUCUUCCUGGAUCUUGUAAUGGUUGGCAUUUCCGCCCACCACCUAGGGGAAUCACAAGCAGCGAGGAAUAUACUUUGUGUAAAAGAUUUUUAGAGCAAGGAAUCUGCAGGUAUGGUGCCCAGUGUACUUCAGCACAUUCCCAAGAAGAACUAGCAGAAUGGCAGAAAAGAUAUGCUUCGCGGUUGAUAAAAUUAAAACAGCAAAACGAGAACAAACAGCUCUCAGGCAGUUACAUGGAAACCUUGAUAGAAAAAUGGAUGAAUUCAUUAUCUCCAGAGAAAGUGCUUAGUGAGUGUAUCGAAGGAGUAAAGGUAGAGCAUCACCCUGGCCUGUCGGUUACCGUCAGCACCAAGCGAUCUCACCAAACAUGGACCUUUGCUCUCACUUGCAAGCCUGCAAGAAUGCUGUAUCGUGUGGCAUUACUUUAUGAUGCUCAUCGCCCUCAUUUUAGUAUCGUUGCAAUAUCUGCUGGAGAUAGUACUACCCAGGUGUCACAAGACGUCCCAGAGAACUGUCAAGAAUGGAUAGGAGGGAAGAUGGCCCAGAAUGGACUAGAUCAUUAUGUGUAUAAAGUCGGGAUAGCAUUCAACACAGAGAUAUUUGGAACUUUUCGCCAAACCAUAGUUUUCGACUUUGGAUUGGAACCGGUUCUCAUGCAAAGAGUAAUGAUUGAUGCAGCUUCUACAGAAGAUCUCGAAUACCUGAUGCAUGCAAGACAACAGCUAGUAACCACUGCUAAGCGUUGGGAUUCUUCUUCUAAGACUAUCAUAGAUUUUGAGCCUCGUGAAACUACUGAUUUGGAGAAGAGCCUUCUUAUCAGAUACCAAAUUCCUCUCUCUGCUGACCAGCUGUUUACCCAAUCGGUGUUAGACAAAUCAUUGACUCAGAACAACUAUCAGUCACGGUUGCAUGACCUUCUUUAUAUUGAGGAGAUAGCCCAGUACAAAGAAGUCAGCAAGUUCAACCUUAAAGUGCAAUUGCAGAUUCUAGCAAGCUUCAUGCUCACUGGAGUUUCCGGGGGUGCAAAAUAUGCUCAGAAUGGACAGCUUUUUGGCCGCUUUAAGCUUACUAAAACACUUUCUGAAGAUACUUUGGCUGGACGGCUGGUGAUGACCAAAGUCAAUGCUGUUUAUUUAUUACCAGUCCCUAAAGAGAAGUUAGCGCAGACCCAGGGAACCAAAGAGAAGGUCUUUGAAGCUACUAUUGAAGAAAAAACAAAAGAUUAUAUAUUUUUAAGGAUAUCCAGGGAAUGCUGUGAAGAACUGAGCCUUCGACCUGACUGUGACAUGCAGGUUGAACUUCAGUUUCAAUUGAAUCGCUUACCCCUCUGUGAGAUGCAUUAUGCACUAGACAGGAUCAAGGACAAUGGGGUUUUGUUUCCAGACAUCAGUAUGACUCCCACUAUACCGUGGAGUCCCAACAGACAGUGGGAUGAGCAGUUGGAUCCUCGCCUAAAUGCAAAGCAGAAAGAGGCUGUUCUGGCCAUUACGACUCCACUCUCAAUACAGCUGCCACCUGUUCUUCUCAUCGGACCCUAUGGGACAGGCAAAACGUUCACUCUAGCUCAAGCCGUCAAGCACCUACUCCAACAGCAAGACACCCGGAUUCUCAUUUGCACCCAUUCUAAUAGUGCUGCUGACCUCUACAUAAAGGAUUAUUUACAUCCAUAUGUAGAAGCAGGCAACCCCCAGGCAAGACCGCUCAGGGUAUAUUUCAGAAACCGCUGGGUAAAAACUGUCCACCCAGUCGUGCAUCAGUACUGUUUGAUCUCAAGCGCACAUUCCACCUUUCAGAUGCCCCAGAAAGAAGAUAUCCUCAAACAUCGAGUGGUGGUGGUUACAUUGAAUACUUCCCAGUACCUCUGUCAGUUGGACCUUGAACCUGGUUUUUUUACGCACAUUCUGUUGGAUGAGGCGGCUCAGGCCAUGGAGUGUGAAACCAUCAUGCCUCUAGCGUUAGCGACUGCCAGCACUCGGAUUGUCCUGGCUGGAGACCACAUGCAGCUCAGUCCUUUUGUUUACAGCGAGUUUGCCAGGGAGCGGAACCUGCACGUUUCCUUACUUGAUCGACUCUACGAGCAUUACCCUGCUGAGUUUCCCUGCAGGAUCCUUCUGUGCGAGAACUACCGCUCUCAUGAAGCGAUCAUCAAUUACACUUCUGAGCUUUUCUACGAAGGCAAACUGAUGGCCAGUGGGAAGCAGCCAGCACAUAAGGAUUUCUACCCUCUCACUUUCUUUACAGCACGAGGGGAAGAUGUCCAAGAGAAAAACAGCACAGCUUUUUAUAACAAUGCCGAGGUAUUUGAAGUGGUGGAACGCGUAGAAGAGUUAAGAAGGAAGUGGCCAGUAGCCUGGGGGAAGUUAGACGACGGCAGUAUUGGCGUGGUGACCCCGUACGCUGAUCAAGUGUUCAGGAUACGUGCCGAGCUUCGGAAAAAGCGCUUAUCUGAUGUCAACGUAGAAAGGGUGCUAAAUGUUCAAGGAAAGCAAUUCAGAGUUUUGUUUCUUAGCACAGUACGUACAAGGCAUACUUGUAAACACAAGCAGACACCAAUUAAAAAGAAAGAGCAACUGCUGGAAGAUUCUACGGAGGACCUAGACUAUGGUUUUUUAUCUAACUACAAGCUUCUCAACACUGCCAUCACAAGAGCACAAUCCCUGGUGGCUGUAGUGGGUGAUCCCAUUGCUUUGUGCUCUAUCGGACGGUGCAGGAAAUUUUGGGAGCGGUUUAUUGCCUUGUGCCAUGAAAAUAAUAGCCUACAUGGAAUCACUUUUGAACAGAUCAAGGCUCAAUUAGAGGCUUUAGAACUAAAGAAGACGUAUGUGUUGAAUCCACUGGCCCCUGAAUUUAUCCCCCGGGCUCUGAGGCUGCAGCAUUCAGGAAACACCAGCAAACAACAGCAGUCACCACCCAAGGGAAAAGCCCUCCAUCAUACUCAGAAUGAUCACUUUCAGAAUGAUGGCCUUGUCCAGCCAAACCCUUCUGUUCUUAUUGGCAAUCCUAUUAGAGCUUACACUCCUCCACCCCCUCUUGGACCUCACCCAAGUCUGGGGAAAUCGCCAAGCCCCGUGCAAAGAAUAGACCCUCACACUGGGACAAGUAUUCUUUAUGUACCUGCUGUCUAUGGAGGGAACGUAGUCAUGUCGGUGCCUUUACCUGUACCAUGGACAGGAUACCAGGGUAGGUUUGCAGUUGAUCCUCGAAUCAUUACACACCAGGCAGCCAUGGCCUAUAAUAUGAACCUAUUACAGACACAUGGACGAGGGUCACCUGUACCUUAUGGCCUUGGGCAUCAUCCACCUGUCAGCCUAGGGCAGCCUCAAAAUCAGCAUCAGGAGAAGGAGCAACCGGAGCCAAAUCGCAAUGGUAAAACCGAUGCAAAUAAUGCUGGACCUGAAAUUAAUAAGAUUCGAACACCAGAGAAAAAGCCCACAGAACCCAAACAGGUUGAUAUGGAACCCAGCCCACAGAACCGAAGCCCUGAAUCACGCCCUGGCCUUGUUUAUCCCAAUACCAAAUUCCUUCGCAAAGAUAAUCUCAACCCGAGACACAUGAACCUUCCUCUCCCUGCACCCCAUGCACAGUAUGCAAUUCCCAGUCGCCAUUUUCACCCCCUCGCCCACCUCCCGAGGCCACCAUUUCCAAUUCCGCAGCAGCAGCACAGCUUGUUAAAUCAGCAGCCGAAUAAUAUGCCCGAACAACCAAACCAAAUGCCACCCCAACCAAACCAGGUGGUCCCACAGCCAAGCCCGCUGAGUCCUCAGCCUCCGAAUCCACCUCCUCAGCUCUCCCCGGCCUACCCAGCAGGACCCAGCACUGCUUUUCUUCACAAGGCCGCCUCCCAUCGGGCGCAGUCCCCUCCCACCGCCGAGGCUGUGAUGCCAGAUCCACUGCCCCCACCCAUGCUGCAGGACAGCCACAGUCCUCUCAGAGCCGUGGCCCAGCCCAACCCCAUCCUGCCUUCCCACCUGAGCAACUUCGUGGAUGAGAACACCGCACCAGCCCUGCCUCUAGGGGAGGCACUAGACCGCAUGCAUGGGAGUGUAGCUUUGGAAACGUUACGGCAGCAGCAAGCACGGUUACAGCAGUGGACCGAACAUAAUGCCUAUCUCAGUCAGGGCAGUAUUCCAUAUCCACACCCUCACCAUCCUCACCUCCCACACCUUCCUCAGCCGCCCAUUGGGUUACAUCCGCCGCCACCUCCGCCACCAAUGAGGACAGACUGGAAGCUCCCCAGCAGUGCGGAGGAUGAGGCAGAAGAAACGUACUGCAGGUUUCAAGAUUUAAUCAGAGAACUCUCUAAUCGUGAUCCAAGCGAAAGCCGGGAAAUAACCGAAAUGCCACCACCUCAGUCAAGACUUCUGCAAUACAGACAAGUUCAGGCGAGGAGCCCUCCAGCAGUCCCCUCUCCCCCAUCCACCUCAGACCAUGGUAGCCACUUUUGUAACUUCAAUGACAGCAGCAGAGACGUUGAAGUAGCCCACAGCGCAGCCGCCUUUCCGCAGCGCCUCCCGCCCCCGAUAUUCAGCUCGCCUUUCUCUUUGCCAUCUGAGCACCUGGCUCCUCCACCCUUGAAGUACCUGGCACCUGAUGGCACAUGGACCUUUGCUAACUUACAACAGAAUCAUCUAAUGGGGCCGGGCUUUCCAUAUGGCCCACCUCCAAUGCCUCACAGGCCACCACAAAACCCUUUUUUACAAAUCCCGAAUCAUCAACACGCUAUUGGUCAAGAGCCAUUUCAUCCAUUAUCAUCUCGAACAGUAUCUUCUUCUUCGCUCCCUAGCUUAGAAGAGUAUGAACCGCGAGGACCAGGCCGGCCCCUGUACCAAAGGAGAAUCUCCUCGUGCUCAGUGCAGGCUUGUUCUGAUGACGCCCGCGCACCUCAAGAUGGCCUCGCCCAGGGUAAAGAGCUUCAGGACCACAAUCACCAGGCUUCCUUCAACUUCUCGUCCCCGGAGUCCUGGGCAAACACCACCUCAGCUGCCCCCUACCAGAACAUUCCGUGCAAUGGACCCAGCAGGACAGCCCCACCCAGAGAGUUGAUAGCUCCUCCCAAGACUGUCAAACCCCCCGAGGAACAACUGAAGUCUGAGAGCCUGGAGCUGUCCAGUUCCUUCAACUACAACGUGCUGCAGCAUCUUGGCCAGUUCCCACCCCUCAUGCCCAACAAGCAGCUCGCGGAGUCGGCCAGCAGCAGUAGCCAGCAAAGCUCUGUGGGCAGCAAGCCCGCCAUGUCCUAUGCCAGCGCUCUGCGGGCUCCCCCAAAGCCCAGACCCCCUCCGGAGCAGACGAAGAAGAGCAGCGACCCCCUGUCUCUGUUCCAGGAACUCAGUCUGGGCAGCUCCUCCGGAAGCAAUGGCUUUUACUCCUAUUUUAAAUGAUCACUUUUCCCCCUCAAAGGAAAAUGUUUUCAUUUCUGUUUGUAUUCGUAGACUUAGACUAGCUGAACUUCAUCUGUAGCUGCACAGUUCCCUUUGUUUUUAAUAUUAAAUAUGUUCUCACUUAAUUGCUUUGCUGCUAGACUUGCAACUAAUUUUUAAAAAGUAUAUUCCAUUAUUUUGCAUUUUGAUGUGUCAGGAUUUUGACAGCUUUUCUGUAGAAUAAAAAAUAUUUUUAAAUUUGUGUACUGUUAAAUAUGUUUGCACCAAGCUAGCAGCUAAGAGGUUAAUUGUGCAACUAUUAAAAAAGAAAAAAAAAAAGAGAUUAAGAGGAAAAAAGUUUGUCUAAAAUGUAUUUAAAAAGAAAAAAAAAUUGUAAGUAGCAUUUACCUUUAUUCAAUAAUAUUACCACGUGCUGGGUUUCUGUACCAGAAAUGGCCAGUUGAUGUACAAAUGUAUGUUAUUUUUGCUUAAAUUCAUUUAAAAUUUUUUAAAAUAAAGGGGCAGCAUCUUUUCAAUA